UUAUAUAGCUUGUCUUAAUGGACGGUGUAGAACAGUACAACUGUUACUGAACAAUGGUGCCAACAUCAAUUUAUCUGAUAAGAAUGUAGCCAGCCCUCUUUCAAAAGCAUGUCAAAAUGGACAUGAUAGCAUGGUACAACUGUUAAUGAACAACGGUGCCGACAUCCUUUUAUGUGAUAAGAAUGUAGCCAGCCCUCUUUACAUAGUUUGUAAAAAUGGACAUGAUUGCACGGUACAACUGUUACUGAACAACGGUGCCGACAUCAAUUUAUGUAACAAGAAUGGAGUCAGUCCUCUUUAUAUAGCUUGUCAAAAUGGACAUGAUAGCACGGUACAACUGUUGCUAAACAAUUUUGCCGACAUCAAUUUAUGUGAUAAGAAUGGAGUCAGUCCUCUUAAUAUAGCUUGUUAUGAUAAACAUAAUAGCACGGCACAACUGUUAGUGAAGAACGGUGUUGACAUCAAUUUAUGUGAUUAUGAUGGUUUCAGUCCUCUUCAGAUAGCUUGUCAAAAUAGACACGAUAGAACGGUACAACUAUUACUGAACAACGGUGCCAACAUCAAUUUAAGUGAUAAGAAUGGAGUCAGUCCUCUUUAUAUAGCAUGUCAAAAUGGACAUGAUAGAACGGUACAACUGUUGCUAAACAAUUUUGCCGACAUCAAUUUAUGUGAUAAGAAUGGAGUCAGUCCUCUUAACAUAGCUUGUUAUGAUGGACAUGAUAGCACGGUACAACUGUUAGUGAACAACGGUGCUGACAUAAAUUUAUGUGAUAAAGAUGGAAACAGUUCUCUUUGGAUAGCUUGUGAAAACUCACAUUGCAGCACCGUCGAAAUUCUAUUAAGUGCAGGUUCUGAUGUAAAUUUAUGCAAUAUAGGCAACUGCAGUCCAUUGUAUCUAGCAUGUCUCAAUGGUGAAGACAGAAUGGUUAAACUUUUAUUGAACAAAGGUGCCGACAUCAAUUUAUGUGACAACGAGGGAACCAGUCCACUCUAUAUAGCCUGUGAAAACGGACAUUACAACACGGUUGAAUUAUUAUUAAUGAGAAAUGAUACUUGCAUUAAUUUAUGCAAUAAAGACAAUAAGAGCCCACUGUACAUACAUACUUAUAUGGUCAUGACAGUAUCGCUGAACUUUUACUACAAUAUGGUGCUGAGUUUUUAUUCUGAAGAUGGAUUCAAUGAUUUCUCAAUACCAAGUGCGUUUACAUUAUUUCUGAGAUAUGGAGCAAAGCAAAUUUAAGCUUUGAUGAGACCUUGCAAAAAUGAUGGAGUGCUUGGAAUUCGUGUUUUAUGUUUAGUUUACAGAUAUUUAUUGCUUUUAAAAAUUUGUGUGGAUUCUUUUUUUUUCUUUUAAAUUUAGUAAUUACUGCAGUACUGUUAAUCGCCAAAUUUUCUUUGACAAUUGAUUUUUUUGAGAUGGAUACUGCGUAUGUGAAAGCG